UAGUGUGACAGCAUAAACUUUUGCAGACCACUACAAAAUCUCAAAUUUCUAAUCUUCCACCAAUGCUAAUUCUCAAUUCUGACUAACAAUCCAUCUCCUAAAUUCUACAUUCAUUUCCUUCCAUUAAAUCCAAAAAAAUGGCCCCACCCCCCUUGAAAUCUAAUCAAAUCUCCCCAUUCCUCAAACAUAUAUAUUCAUCUCUUAUUAUACACAUAACAAAGCUAUAAACUCCAAUGCAAUAUAUAGUGAGUCCUACACAAAGAAACAACACUAAUCUAAUCAUCCAACUUUGCCUUUACACUCCCAAAGAGUGUUGAAAUCCUCUUCAUUUUGAAGAAUGCCCUCUUCUCAGAAGCUGGUGGCUCUUGCUCUACCUGUAGGCCUCAACAUUCUAAAUCUUCCGCCACCAGUCGCCUCGUUGCAAGAAGCUCCAACCAUGGAUUCUAGCAACAGAUACAAGGUGACUCCCCAACUGUUAUUCGAGAUCAAACUCCAUGGAUUUCUCCUCUGGGCUUCAGUCGGCUUGCUGAUGCCGGCUGCCAUACUCGUAAAGAGAAUGUCUAACAGAGAGGAAUCUGGGAAAAGGCUCAGAAUCAUAUUCUAUAUACAUGCUAUUACACAGGUUGUCUCAGUCCUACUUGCUACAGCAGCAGCAGUAAUGUCAAUAAAAUACUUCGACAACUCUUUCAACAAUGAUCACCAGAGGAUCGGCCUCGCCUUUUAUGUUAUCAUGUGGUUACAAGCACUGGCCGGCAUCUGCAGGCCGCAUAGGGUAAGCAAAAGCAGGAAUAUUUGGUUUGUUUUUCACUGGCUAGUUGGAAUAGUUGUUUCUUUACUUGGAGUUAUCAACAUAUACACUGGCCUACAAGCCUACCACAAGAGAACUUUAAAGAAUGUGAGGAUUUGGACAAUCCUCUUCACUGUUCAGAUCUCUCUCACACUCUUCCUCUAUCUCCUCCAAGAAAAAUGGCACUAUAUUCAGAAACAAGGGCCAAUCCUAGGGAAUAAACCAGUGCAGCCUACCGGUGAUCGAGAGAUGUUCCCGACGUGCCAGCAGAAAGAAACAACAAGUGAACAUUGUUGAUGAUAUAUACAAUAGAUUUUUUUAGUAACACAGUCAUAUUUGCAUUCAUAUUGGAAUUCCUUCAUUUUUCAACUUCAUGUAUGUAAAUUCUGACUAGACACGACGUCUUAUACAUUCUACAAUCAUAAAUGAAUAUGCAAGUGUUCGUCA